AUGGAGGAAACUGAGCUCUGUUUUCCACAACUCUUCAACAUCUCUUGCAGCAGAACAAAACGCCCUCACUAUGAAACAACGAUAAUCUACUUUGUGCUAUCCUCCAUCUCUCUGCUCACCUUAUCUCUAAAUCUGCUGGUCAUCAUCUCCAUCUCACACUUCAGGCAGCUCCAGUCUCCCACCAACCUGCUCCUUCUUUCUCUGGCUGUGUCUGAUUUCUUUAUUGGUCUCCUCAUGUUUUUUCAAAUUCUUCUCACAAAUGGAUGCUGGUUCCUGGGCGAUAUUGCCUGUGUCAUCUAUUCACAUUUUUCUUACAUUAUUACUGCAGCCUCAAUCGGUACCAUGGUGAUGAUAUCUGUUGACCGUUAUGUAGCUAUAUGUUACCCCCUUCAUUACAAAAUGAAAAUAACACAGAAAAAAGUGAAGAUAUGCGUUUGCCUGUGUUGGACCUGGUCUGUGGUGUUUCAGAGCCUUAAUCUGAUGGAGAACUUCAAACAACCAGGCAUGUAUAACUCCUGCUUAGGUGAAUGUGUCAUUGUGAUAAAUUACAUUGCAGGUAUGGCUGAUCUUAUUUUGUCCUUUAUAGUCCCCAUCACUAUAAUAGUAGUUUUGUACCUCAGAAUAUUUGUGGUGGCAGUUUCUCAGAUUCGAGCUAUACACUCUCACACUGCAGGAUUAACCCUCCAUGGUUCUGUAAAUGUUAAAAAAUCUGAGAUUAAAGUAGCCGGGUCCCUUGGGGUUAUAGUCAUUGUGUUCCUGAUAUGUGUACUACCAUAUUUCUGUGACACACUUGUAGGCCAAGAUACUUUACUCAACGCCUCAUCCUCUGCUUUUGUGUUAUGUUUGUUCUACUUUAACUCUUGUCUAAACCCUAUUGUUUAUGCAUUCUUCUACACCUGGUUUAGAAAAUCAAUUAAGUUUAUUUUAACCCUUCGGAUUUUACAGCGUGAUUCCUGUGAUAUAAACAUGCUAUAAAAAAAACAUUUACUAAACCAUCGUCAAAAAGACAAUUUAAACCAUAUUUCUUAAUGGUUAUCAAAGCAGAAAAGCAUGACAUAAACAAAUGCA